AAAAUGGCCGAUCGGUUGAUCUGGUAAUCUCGCUCACCGACAAUCAAAAACAAAAUAAAACAAACCCAUGUGUUGUAUUGUAAUUUGAGUUUUCCCGCAUUUAAUAGGUCUGUGAGCAGUAUAAUGACUGCAGCAGUAACAACUCCAGCCUCUACGGCAGUCGAAAGGCAAUUAAAAACACUUUGUUUGCGAGAAUUUCCUUGUGGACUUGGUGCUUGGCGUGAACCAGGGCCAGAUGCACAGCAAUACAGACCUACCAGAAGAGGUCGCCUCAGAGUUAAACCCCUGCAGCAUCAGCAAAAAAGUGACACGGAUUCCUUGGACUCUAUAAAAACCCAUGCCCAGAAAGAAAAAAGCGAAUCUUUACAAGAACUUGUCAGCUCCCAUUUUUCUCCUUGGCAUCUGGACUACAGCUGGAGUGAAGAGGCAAAGAAACUCAGGGAAAUUGCUGUGAAGUCCCCAUGGCUCAUUGACCAAAAUUUUGUCUUAAACUACUUUAAGACUUUAAGGAUUGUUGACAAAAAUGUUUCAGAAGUGGAUCAUGAUUUGCUAAUGUUAAAGAAUCUGGAGGAGCUUACUCUCAGUGCAAAUUUCAUUACUAAUGUCAAUUCAAAGAAUUUGCCUCCUUCUUUGAGGGUGCUGGAGCUUUGUGCAAAUCAGAUUAGCGAUGUCUCUGGCCUGUGUGUGCGUCCUCCUUUGCUCCAUCACUUGGGCAUUGGCCACAAUAAAAUCUCUUUCAUCGGGGAUUACAUUACAGGGGACUUUUGGCCAAAUCUCCUGUCCCUUGAUCUGAGCCACAAUGACCUCUGUGACCUUAUGGACAUUGUGAGAAAGAUGACCACUCUGCCUCGACUGAGGAACUUAAUUCUGCAAGGGAAUCCUCUGUCUCUGAUCCCAGGUUACCGUGGCUACACAAUCGACAGUCUGCGGCGACUCAGCGUAAUGGAUGAUAUUCAUAUCUCAGCUGACGAGAAACAUCAUUUCAAGGGCUUGUCUAGGAGGAGAGAAUUCAUUCUUGAUGAGGCCAGAGUCCAGAUUUCUGUCAGUUACAUCAAAGGCCUUCCCUGCCCAGAAGAGAUAAAGAACCCGGAGGGUCAACCUGAGUUCCCCGUGGUGGAGAGGACGUACUUUGUACAGUUCAUGUUUCCCGAGGAGCCUGAGGUCCGGCCAGCCGAGGACGACGGUGCAGUCGACGACAUGGCAGACCUGACGGCCUUGGAGAUGGAGGCUGCGGCAGCUGCUGGAGAGCAUCAGGACGAUCCCUCGGAGCACUCACCGACACGCAUUGGAUCUUCAAAUAAGUCAGCCGUGGAAACUCCAGCCCCUCUGGAGAGAAAUGUCCAGAUCAACAGCCGGCCUGAAGUGAAGAGUGUGGCGCCACCUGCAUCAUAUUCUGUGGCUUCCUUCCCACGAGCCAAUCCAAACCCUGACCCAGAAGUGUUGCCCGGUUCAGAGGUUGAGGGAAUCAGCCUAGACUUUGUGGAUGAGUCACAGGUCGGGGAGGGAGAGGACGGGCAGACGGCUCGCCAGGAAGAAGCUGAGCCCACUCCGAGGAUCAAGCUAGCGCCGGUGAACACAGAGCCACAGCCUUGGGGGGAGGAGCUGGAGCUGAACUGGAUGGCAGAUCUGACGAGGGAUGAUCUCCUAGGUCUGAGGGACUUCUUCAAGCAGGGCAUGGACUUCAGUGUUGUGGAGCAAGUGGUUCUUGGGUACCCAGCAGAACCUGAUACCUCCUCUGAGAAAACAGAUGGGAAAGAUGGAAAAGACAAGAAAAAAGCCGAGGUCACACCAAAAGGCAAAAACAGCGCCAAAGACAAGAAGAAGAAAAAAGAGCCAGAGAUUGAGCUUGUGAAGUCCCCAGCCACGUACACAACCAUUGCCACUUUCCAUAUCACCCUGGACCAGUUUUUGGAAGGAGAGUUUGAAUACCACAACAUCUUCACCAAAGGCGAUGUGCCACCUCCCUCCACCAUUCGCAGCAUCGAUCCAGAGGACAAAAAAGUUGAAAAGAAAGACAGUAAAGAUAAGAAGAAGCCAGACAAAGCAGCCGAUAAAAAGAAAGACCAGAAUGCCAAUGCCAAGAAAAGCCCUCGUGGCAAGGAGGCUGACAAGAAAGGAGCCAAGGGAAAGCAUGCCGAGGAAGCAGAGGAGGAAGAUUUACCUCCCCCUCCCCUAGAGCUGGAAGUGUCGGUCAAACUCCAUCACUGGGUAACGGCCAUGGACUCUGUGCGGGAAGAGGAGGAGAAAAACCGAGCCUUGCAGGAGGCCAAGGGCAAGGGACCGCAGAGCAGAAAGGAAAGCCUGAAGCCAGCGUAAAACUAAAAGUGAUACAGCUGUGUAGGUGAUGCCGCCUGUACUGUGGGUUGAAGAACUUUGUGGGCGGGUGCUUAGGGAAAAUAGCUGGGGGUGUGGUUGGAGCAGGAGGAGGAGGAGGACCAGAAAAAGGAAAAAAAAAACAAUAAACGCAGAUGUAAAUCAACAACACAUUACUCAUCCUGCUUCAUGAUUGCAAUAAAUCAAAACUUUUUAAUUUGAUUUAUUUUCAUGAGAAACUUUACAAGAAUUGUCUAUGCUGAUUAGUUUUUUUAUGUCAAGCAUUCGACUUCCUGAUCUUUAUUAUCAAAAGUCUUGCAGGUUCUCUCUUGUUUACCCUGACAACAUUCUAAAAAACACAAACAGCAGGUGUUUUAUAAAGUUAAACUUGCUCAGUUUGUGAUUAAAAGCUAAGAUAUAUUAGAAUCAAACAGUACUGUAAUAUUGUGCCGUGUGGAAUAUACAGACUUUGAGAGAACUACUUUUCAUUUAGUUGAUUUUUAUUAAUUUUUUUUAGUAGAGUAAAACAAAGACUGUACUAGAUCCAGAAAAGAUUAUUUCAAAGGAGAAGGAGGUGGCCCUCUUAUUAGGGUGAUGGAGGUUUCUGCUGUAAGCAACUGUGACAUGAAGGAAGAGGAAAAUUGGAACUCAGAUGGGUUGGAACUCUUCUUGACACCUAUUUGGUUUGUAUCUGACCACACGUCUCCUAUAAUCUUGACUUUGAUCAGUUUGAGUAUGUUGUCUAUGCACUAAAGUAUAGUAUGUACAUGUUUUAGUUUCGCACCCCCAUCAACACAAUUUGGAUCAUUUCAGUGACAGGGAACCCUGCCUGUUGGGGUUAACCCUGGGCUGAGAGUGAGAGGGAUACAGUAUCCCAGCAGAAAGACGGAGAUACUAUAUAAAAUACAUCAUGACAGGCGAAUCAAACUCAUGCCUUGCAUGCAAAGACAAAGCACGUAAUUAUUACACAAUUACAUCACAGACACCAGGUGCAGUACAAAGCCUCAGACAGUAUUGUAUGCUGUGGAGAGAUUCCGCUCAUCCUUUAACUUGUAUAUAUAUAAAAGAUUCCUGUGAGUUGUAUAUAUGAGAUUACUUUUUGUCUAUCCAUCUUCAGUAUUCUUGAAAUGGAAGAGAUUUUGAACUGUGUCCACACAUAUAAAUCUCUAUAAAAUAAUUGCUACCUGCAUUCCAUUGUAACAUUACAGACUGUGAUAUUCUUGUUUCCCCUCUGCCAAUAAAACUUGUUUGAACAAUU